AUGUCCGUCCUUCGUACCUCUCGUCCCGAUCUUUUGACGAGCUGCUUCAACUUUUUGCCUACAGGUAGGCAACGUACUCAAAUUGAUGCGCAGCUUUCGACCCACUGGGAAGAAACAAGUCUAUACUCAAAACUCGCCAUGAAGAUCGCUGUCCUCGCUACCCUCCUUGCUGGUGCCUCCGCCUUCGCCCCUGCUUCCUUCAAUGGACGCUCGGCCACUUUGAUCCGGGAAGAAGCUGCCGCUGAAGCCCCUGCUGAAGAGGCUGCUGAAGAGGAACCAGCUGCCCCAACUUAUGUUGCCAGUACCGCACUUCCUUUCCUUGAAUACCCACCAAACCUUGCUGGAUACGUUGGGGAUGUUGGUUUUGAUCCUUUCCGAUUCUCUGAUUUCCUCCCCGUGGACUUCCUUCGCGAGGCUGAGUUGAAGCAUGGACGUAUCUGCCAAUUGGCCCUUGUUGGAUUCGCCGCUGUCGAUAUUGGAUACAGAAUUUACCCAACCCCUGAGGCCUACGAAGGUCUUACCUCUGUCACAGCCCACGAUGCUCUUGUAGAGUACGGUGCCAUGGGACAAUUGUUCCUUUGGAUCGGAAUUGCAGAGUCACUCAGCUCUGUUGCUGUUUGGCAAAUGUUGAGUGGAUCUGGUCGCGCUCCAGGAGACUUUGGUCUUGACCCUGUUGGCUUCCUAACUGGUGACGAGGCAGCUGACAACGACAUGAAGUUGAAGGAAAUUACCCACUGCCGUUUGGCCAUGCUUGCUUUCAGUGGAAUGGUCACACAAGCUGUCUUGACCCAAGGUCCUUUCCCAUACGUAUAA